CGCACUGCGACUAGACACCAAUCAGAGUUCACGCGGUUACAGCAGCAGCAACAUACAAUCACACAUAGAGUGCACUGGCACCGACAGAAGCCAUUCGACACAAGAGAAUACAGACAGGGGAUACGAUAGAUUCGAUCGAUUGAUUGAUUUCAACUCGUUCGUUUCUCUUUCUGUUUCGUUGGGUUCAGAGUUUUGUUCUAUUUUGUCGAUUCGAGGCGGUAUUUCAAACACCACUGUGCUGAAGAAUUCAACAAUUCUAUCGGAGAGAGAUGAUUCACCGUCUACGCCUGCGGCGCUCGGUGCCUUUUCACUAUGGGUACGCCUGUGCGUUGGUUUUGGCAUGUUUCGCGUCCCCCGUCGUCGCCACCAUUUCCUUCCUGGAUUCGGGAAAGACGUUUCAUUCGAGGAUGGAUCCCCACAUUGGGCAGCCCCUGAUGCGGGGUUACGAAUACGUGGGCCGCUUGCAAUACAUCUCGGAGAAUCCGACGCUCUGUCCCGGGAACGACAACGACGGCAACGGAAACGACCAAACCUUUGACAUUGUCACGCCCAUGGAUGGACUGCCUGGUACGUAAAAGCCGUGACAAUAGGGUGAUUGCGUAGGCAAGGGCAACGAUAGUCGCUGUGGUUUACCGGAUCAUGUAGUACAAGCCUAAAAUGUGGUAUUGCAUACAAAAUCGAGAAUUUCCGAUGGUGCUGUGCAACAUAAUGCGGUAUGCCAUGCCAUGGAUGGUGUCGGAGGUUUAAUUGUUUUUGGUUAUUGCAAACAACUUCCGUGGGCAACCUUUCUAUCGAAAUCAAUCCGUCCAACUAACAAUUCUCUGUACUCAUUUGCCGUUGGAUACAUUUUGCUAUUCACUAUUCUAUUAUGCGUUACAAAACACCUGAACAAUCCGGCUGGGUUCGAUUCGUUUCGAUUCGAUUCCAUUGCUUAGUUGCAUUGGUGGCCCAAGCCGGUGGUUGCAGCAUCAUGGAAAAGGCGCGGGUUGCUUCCACCAUGAUUCGCCCGGCAAACAACGUACAGUAUUUGAUCAUUCAGAAUUCCAGCAAGCGCGGGGCACCCACCGUCCUUGCAAACAGCAACCAAUACGGAGACGAAGCCAGCCACGACAGCAAACAGUCACAGAUUUUCCCCGGGAGUCGCUACUAUGGUGGUUCCAGUAUGGAGAGCCUGCUUCAAUCAUUGACMGGCAACGAGGACUAUUAUGACGGUGACGAAUCAUUUUACCUGGACUUUUCGGCUAUGGAUCUAGACCAACCACACGGUCGCGUCUUGACGCACCUUACUGACAUGAGCGAGCAAUCCAGCUGGGGUCAUGAUGGUGCAAUCAACCUGGCAGUAAUGUAUGUAACAUUUGCUGUUGGAGACGAGUUGUUCCGUGCUGUGGAAAACGAAAGCGCCAGGGACCGUCGCCGGGGAGGGUAAGUGAAGCACACACAAACAGGCGAGCAACGCAUUCUCGAAAGUAUACCUUCCGAAAAUGCUUCGCACCACUAUUGAAAUUGACCGCCUUCGCUCACGGCAUUUCUUCUGCGUCAUAAUUGCUGAAUCGAUCAUUCGAAACCGUGUCUGUUGCGAAUUUGGAACAAACCUCUGGUUUUUAUUUGUUGCUGUAUCGAUUGGCAUGUGAAGAACGAGAAUCCUUAUGAACUCAAAGGAAUCAGAUGUCAGUGCACGAACCGUAAUUGUUUGGAUGCUAAUUUCUUUCAGUGUUUGUGCGUGCAUUUGCUGCUGUUUGCUCGCGUGCAUCCAAACGAGCUUCGAGGAGGAGGAGGACCAGGAGGCACCAAGAAGACCCGUGCGGCGCCGAUUGACCCUCGAAGAAGUCCGAGCCAGGUUCCCCUCGUUCCAUUUCAAUCCGGAGGAACACAACCAAAACAACAACCCCAGCCAUGCCUGCACAAACGACGAAACCGAGGGGUCCACAGCCGAAGAUGUGCAGCCAAAAUGUGGUGGAUACAUGCAGCUCUCCGAUGAAUGCACCAUAUGCCUCGACGAAUUUGUCCCCGGAGUGCGGGUUCGAGAAUUACCCUGUGGGCAUGUCUUUCACUCGACGUGCAUUGCUCGGUGGUUGAUCGAACGAUCGGCCGUCUGUCCUCUCUGUAAACUCGACCUCUACGUAGAGCCAGAAGAAGACGAAGACAGCGACGGCAACAACAACGGCGAUAGUGAUGAUCCGGGUGGAGAAUCACCGCCGGGAGAGGGAUUUGCAUCGUUCUUCAGCAGCUGGUGGUGGGGCAGCAGAACAAUCAACAGCGAGGGAGAUAUCUCGCUUGAAAACCCCGUAGAUGGGGCUCCAGCAGCAAACAACACUGGGGAGGAAACAACUACAGCUCCCUCCCAAGACCAACCCCUCGGCGCUUUCGUGGAGGGCGAUACCGAUAGUGGUGCGACGAGCGAAGAGGGAGAAUCGAGAUCGUGGUGGCCAUUUUCUGUGGAGACUGCGCCACACACGGAGGAGGAGGAGGAGCGUUUGGGCAACAAUCGCCGGCGGAGACCAAGGUCUCCCGGGCUGCCGUCCGCAGCUGGGGUGUUGCGGUGGACGAUGGGUGUCUUUGGACGCCGGAGACAGCACGAACAGCAGCUGCCAAGCCAAGAAAGUACGGAUGAUGGCAAUAUGGUGACGGAAUUGACGGAGCCCCUCGUUCCGCGAGGCUCGCUCGAAGAAGUGUAGUAUAGUGCUUGCCGGGGGCCGAGUAGAAAUCAAUAAAUACAAUAAUUGUCCCCCCCUCCCGAUGCUGCUUUGUCAUGCUCACAUUGCCGCAGAUUCCUACUCUCGAUGUCAGCAAAAGAGAUUAACGCACAACAAAAUUCUAUAGAAUACCCAAAAAAUACAUCAUUUUUGCCAUACAGUAGGAUUCCGUUUCGUGGUUAAAAAUGGAAGGUGCUUGAUUGACUAUUAGCAUCCACUAGUUGUGUUGUGUUAUUUGAUAAUUUUUCCUGUUCAAAUCGAGGCUUGAAUAAGUUUGCGAUUUAUUUUGUCUUCUACCAGAACAUCCUAAUUGGAAUGAAAAACAUAAUUAAUUGCUUGGCAAUCUAAUUCGACUAGUGUUGAUCCUGACGACGACUUGGCUACAAGUUGCACUUUCGCAACCUCCUCAUCAUCGCCUGCUGCCAUAACCCCCACCUCCACGGUAUCCGCCGCGAUCACGAUCGCGAUCGCCGUAUCCAGAGCCGCGGCGCCGGUCGUCAUAGCCUCCCCGGCUAUCGCCACGGUAACCACCACCGCGGUCGCCAUAACCUCCGCGCUCCCAGCGGCCACCAUCUCGACCGUACGAGGAUCCUCCCCGCCUGUCGUCUCCCCGUCCACGGUAUCGAUCGCGAUCGCCGUGACCUCCACCCUGCUGCAUCUGCUGGUAUUUCUGGUGGGACAUAAGAGGGGCCCCACCACCGCGUCCUCCAGGUCGGGGUGGUCCGUACCUACCGUACUUUUUGACCAUUUCUUGGUAUUUGUCGCGAACCAGUUUCCAUCCCACGUAUUGCUUUCCGGCAUAGUGAGCGGCAAUGCGCUCGUCGGCAUCUCGGGCGCUCAUAAAGUUUCCUGAAACCUCGCAGACGGUCUUGUCGGUUGUGGUAUCGGAACGCACAAAAUUCAAUUUUGCAUGGAGGAUUUCAAUGGAUUCCUCCUGAGGACCGAGCUGGGAAAUGAUGGUUGCAAUUUGGCAGAGGAGGCUUUGUUUUUCGAGGGCGAGCUUUCCCAAUUCUUCGAGAGUUGCUGACCCACUAGGAUCACCAUUUGCAUCGUUUUUGUCUAAUUCUUUUCGGUCGCCAUCAUCCUUCUGCACUUCCAAUUUUCCAUCUGAGUUUGUUUUUAUUGCUUCAUUGUUGGUUGAGUCACUGCUUUCAACACCUUGACGAUCGACGACUAUGGUUGGGUUUGCUCCUUGCUCGUCCUCAGUUUUCACUGCUGCGUCAGGUGUUUCCUGUUCCUUCGUCACUGCCUUCUCGGGUUCAUCGCCGCCCUCCUCGGCUUUGACAGUAGUCGUUUCCCCGUUCGUCUCGUUCGGUUUCUCCGCUUUUUUCAGCAUCAGCUCCUUUCUUUGUUCAUCCAAAAUAGCUUCCUCCUUUAUUUGCACUUCGUCUAGUAUUUUUAACGCUUUUACCAGAUCUUCCUUCAUAUCCUCCAACUGGCACUCUGCCCUCACGAGUUCCUCAACCUUCUCCUCGCUMACAUCGACGACGUAGUCGUUUCCACCACGCUUCUGUGCUUGUCGCUGGAGUUCCCGCUUGAGUUUCUCGUGGUUCCGAUUGACGGUUCGGUCGCAAUGUUGGACCAAUUCUUGUAGCUUGACAAAGAGGCGAGACUCGUAUCCCAAACGAUCCUUUUCCUCCCGGGGCAACGAGACGUAUUCUUUCCGUGCCGCCUCAUCAGCGGUAUAAGGAUUUGGACCAAUGUCCGACUUUGUGUUUACAAACAAUUCGUAAAUAUCCACCCCCCAGGCACAAUAUAGCGGAUCAAUAUCU